AUGUCGCGAGCCGAGGAGCUUCAGCCGCUGACUCCACCGCGCGAUGCGUAUGUCUCGCGCCAGCACCCUACACUAUCGACUGCGUCGCCCGCCUUAGUGCGAGCCCUUGAUUUCGGCGCGCCUGCUACUGCCUACAGCGGGCUCGAAGGAAUGUCGGCGUUUACCCAUGCACCUGCCGCGGCGCCGGCCACCCCGGUCGACGUUGGCAAGCACGGCUGCGGCAAUGCGAACAGCGAGCGGAUGCCAGUCGAAGAGGUGGUGGUCAAUCUGGGGCCGAUCGAUCUUGCCCCGUCGUCGUCGUCGUCGCAGCUGACCGAAGACGGACUGGAUGACUGGCCGGCGUCCGGCAGCGCGAGCUCCGAGUCUCCUCAGUCGGUGCUUCCGGAUCCAAGCACCCCGCCUGUCCACCGCCUUGCCGCGCUGGCCUCGCGUUCGGAUCCGUGGCUCCGCCCGCCGGUCACCGAGCUGACCACCAAUCCGGGCGUGCUCGCCUCGCCGCUCGCCGCGCCUCGCCUCGACACGUCGGUCAUGUGCGACGCUGAUGACCUCUCGUGUGGGCUGGGUGACGAGUCGGCCUCGGACGCAAGCGACUGUUGUGAUUCGUCGCCGGUGCCGGCUGGUGCGCCUGAGGACGCCACGCCGCUCAAAAUCAACGCACGCCGCUCGGCGACGUAACCAACGGCUGAAGACCGAAAUGAUAAGCGCUCACAGCCGAGUCGAAGGCGGAACGUGGGCAGCGGCAACCCGGGCCACAGCGCGGCAAAACUCUCGUGUAUGCAGAAUGAACGACGACGCGUGGCCACCGACGCACCAGGUGAUGGCCGACUCGGGGAGCAU